AUGUUGCACAGGUACAGAGUCCUAGAAGCUCUGGGCGUAAGGGCUUUGGGGAACCAUGAGUUUGAUGGAGGUGUGAGUGGAUUAUUGGACCCUCUUCUUAAAAAUGCCAGUUUUACAAUCCUGAGUGCAAACAUUAAGGGGAAAACCCCAUUAGCAAAUGAAAUGAUGAAAUACGUUAAUCCUUUUACAAUAGUACACUUUGACUCAGAAUCAGUAGGAAUUGUUGGCUACACUACAAAAGAAACUUCUUUUCUUUCACAGCCAGGGGAUGACGUAAUCUUUGAAGAUGAAAUUGAAGCAUUGCAAGUACAAGUGAAUAAACUUACUGCUAUGGGAGUGAACAAAAUAAUUGCACUAGGACACUCUGGUUUUACUGUGGACAAGAAUAUUGCCCAGAAAGUGAAAGGAGUGGAUGUUGUAAUUGGAGGGCAUACAAACACAUUUCUCUAUACAGAGAUAGACAUCAUUCCAGAGAUAAACAUUGUUGAUCUGAUUUCUUCUGCAGCAAUGCUACUUUGGGCAGAACCUGCCAUCAGCAGCUUCUCCACUGCUGCUGCCUUCCCUGUGCCA